AAACUAAUUAAUGUUGACCACUUAGCCAAGUUAGCCGUUUCCAGUCAUGAAUGGUUCCUAUUCGGAGAGGAAAACAACCAGAACUCUGCAUAUGUAAAAAGUUGUAUAUUAUUAUAAUUAUUAUUAUUAUUAUUAAUAUUAGUGCUUUUUUGUUUCGGUAACUCUGACACUUGUUUAUGCUUUUUGAUUACGUAUUUAUUUUUCUUAAUAUUCCUUUUGUUCAGUCACAACAAAGUCGCUAAAUUAAAUUUAGCGUUAAAAACAAACAAACACAAAACCUGAUAUCUGAAUCGGCAUUUGUGUAUCAUAGCUAGUUACUUAAGGCUGUGUUCUAUGUAGCGUCCCACUUCCUGUAACAGUGCUCUUCAUAGGGUAGAAGAUAGUGGAUUGUACAGCCUAUCUAGUGCUCUUUGUGUCUCUUGGGAAGUCGUUUGGGACGCAGCCGAUGUCAGCCAGCGUCUCUGAGCCUGGUUAGCGAGCUAGCGGCGACUUCUCAGGAAACGACAGAAGGGGAUUGUGUGGAAAACAACGUUAAUUAAUCGACAUUCGUCUUUCUGUUUCGUUUCUUUCGAAAGGUGAAGGAAGCAGGUUCUUCAGUGAGCUCCUAUAAACGCAAGUUGGUCGGUUAUGGCUGAUGAAAACACUCACCUUUGCUCUAACUGCAAACAUAACAUUCCUGAAGCCAACUUCACCACACACGAGAUCCACUGUCGGCGCAAUAUCGCCCUGUGUGAUGUGUGCCAGGAGCCUGUUCCCCGAGCUGAGCUGCUGCAACAUAAAGAGCAGGAGCAUUCACAGGAACUAUGCAAAUGUGGUCUGAAGAUUGAAAAGAGGCUCAUGGAGACCCAUCAGAGUUCUGAGUGCAGCCAGCGUCUGGUCCCGUGUCAAUACUGUGAGCUGGAGCUGGUCUUCAGCCAAGCCGGAGAACAUGAGGAGUACUGCGGGACGCGUACUGAACCCUGCCCCGUGUGCAAGUGCAACAUCAUGCUGAGGGAGAAACCCAUCCAUCCAGCCCUGUGCGGGAGCCUCACGCCUCCCCAGGAGAGGAGGACGGUCUCCCAGUCUCCUGGAGCAUGGUUUGAGACGCAGUCCAUCCACAACUUGUUGAGGGGGCAAGAAAGGAGAAAUAAUAACAGUGGUGUUGGGUUAAUGGAGCGCAGAGGCCCACCACGGCCACUAGAGAGCAGACUGCACAACAGCACUAGAGGAGCAGUGGGAACUGGGGCCAGGAGAAACACGGCGCCGAGAAACAACGAAUUUGCUCGCUUGCUAGGUCAGGAAGCCGAGCUGGAGAACAACAAUAACAGCCUGCUGUGGCCUCUGAGCCAGCUGCCAGACUCGGAUUCCUCUGGCCUGGACUACCUGCUGGCUCUAAGUCUGCAGAGUGAUGACAGAGAUACAGAGGAACCAGAUGUUCAGCAGGGUUUGUGGACCGACGUCUGGGAUCAGCGUUUAGGCAGAGACCCUGCCUCAAGCACCUUUAGCUCCCAUAUCUCUUCUACCAAUAAUAACAACACUCCAGCAAGCACUAACACGUCCUCCGAGAUCAUGCUCCCCUGUGAGUUCUGCGAAGAGCUCUUUCCAGAAGAGGACCUCAUUUUACACCAGACGGGUUGCAGCCCUGCCUCUGCCAUUGCCUCAUUUAGCAAGCAGCCUUUGUCUCUGGACCAUGAAGAGACUUUUACUGACGAUGACAUCAUCACUCCCCGCACCCCGAGCCCUCCCAACCUCCCCCACUCAGUCUCGCCUCUUUCCUACAGCCCUCCCUCAAGCCCAGUAGAGGGUGACGUGCUUAUUCCCUGCGAGUUCUGUGGUGUUACUCUGGAGGAAAAUGUCAUAUUUCACCAUCAGGAUCAGUGUGACCUCCGUCCUGCCACGGCUUAUCAAACAGAUGGAGCGUCGUCAUCUCCUUGGAAACCCAUCCACUCGACCAAUGAGAGAUGUGGGAGGAGUUCUCCAGAAAGACAAAGGAGAGUGAAACACCAGGAAGAUCCUACUGAGGAGUUCCUCAUGCCACCUCUUCAUGGUUGGCAGAGUUGCAGGUCUCCUGUGGACCUGCGGAAGCCGUCUGCCUUAAGUCUUUCCAACUCCGGGAAGAAUACCAAUGCAGAGCUGCAAGGAAAGAGCAGGAGUCAGUGGGGGAAAGGCACAGAGAGCUGCUUGUCUCACUUAGAUCCUGUCAGUGGAGGCUACACUUCCAGCACUGCAGGGUCUUCUGGGCCUCAAUCCAGAGACAGAGCAGAGGAUCGACGCUGCCAAAAGAACACCGCAAUGUCAAAGGUGCCCAAGAAGCAGAACACAGAAAAAGAAAAGGAGGAAGAGUAGGAAGUGUCAGCUUCUCUAAUCACCGUGGAAGAGAGAUGGCUCAAAUUAAUUAAUGUUGCAACGCACUUUGUGUGUGUGUGUCUCUGUCUGUCUCUCUCUCUCUCUCUCUGUGUGUGUGUGUGUGUGUGUGUGUGUACAGUACUGUGCAAAAGGCUUGGUCACUUUUUUUUUUUUUUUUAAAGUACAGAUUUUGUUUUAGAUAUUUAUUUUAUGAUUUCAUUAUAUAGUACAAAAACUGACUACAUUUCCAAACAUUAUUUUUCCAAAAGAUAAUUUUGUAUCUGAAAAAUGUGCAUCAGUAAAGAAAGCAGUAUAUUACGCAAGACACACUUCUCAUCUCAUUAUCUGUAGCCGCUUUAUCCUGUUCUACAGGGUCGCAGGCAAGCUGGAGCCUAUCCCAGCUGACUACGGGCGAAAGGCGGGGUACACCCUGG